AGAAAACAGUAUUUUCCCUCUUUGAAGAUCAACAAAGUGAUUAUGGCGAUAUCUCACGUCCAGCCUAUGCUUCUUCUCCUCGGAUCACUCUUCUUCUUGCCUUCACUACGUGCGGUCAAUUUUGAAUACUGCAACAAAAGUGGAUAUGAUUUCGGAAAUGUCACUCAUGUCGAGAUCUCCCCAAACCCUGUUGGGCCUGAUGACGGCGAGCUAAGCGUUACGGUUUUCGGUUAUGCAAAAGAGAGCAUCCAUGCUGGAUCUAUAGAGGUGUACGCUAAAUCUGAGAAUAUUACUGAUCUUCUAAGACAAUACAACCUCUGUGUGGUGGGUGAGGUAUGCGCUAUUGAAUCAGGCACCAAAUUUGUGUUACCUCUUUCCCAAAUUCCUAAGGAUAUACUCGAGGGUGACUACAAGUAUGUCGUAUCUUUGCUUGAUGAAAAAUUUGGAGACUCUAAAGAGGCAGCAGUGAGAAUGUGCGUCGACUUCGAUCUACCAACUUCCUCUUCCACAAUGGCCUCUGCUUAGUCAAGUUGGUUGGGUGAAAGAUAUAUGUUUUCAAGUCUAUCUCUCCUACUUGCAUUUUUCGGUUUUAAUCUGUUGUAACUUGGUUUGGUUUCUUUGAACCGUGAUGUCAUUGACUUUCCGUUUAGGAAGUAGAAAUAAAUGUGACAACUUUUGGAAGAGACGGCUGAUUAUAUUGUUGUAACCUGAAAAAAUCAUAAU